CCCAGGCAACUACAACAAGCGUUACUCCUACAGCGUGGUACAUCAGAAGACUAUUAUUAACGUCUGUGUUGUACAUAGAUUACCUGUUGCACGGUCACGGACAGGCAAUUUUGUUUUCCUUAGUUUUGUCUGGUGGAUUUAUUUGUUUUUACUUCGUGAUACAUGCUACUAGUGAAUGUUAUCGCUUGAAUCGAACCCGACACAAUUUAGCAUGUUUACUAUCAGUGUCUGUCGAGUUCGUUAGCACCGCCCGAAUAAGCGCAUGCUGUAUUAUUUUCAAUUCAGCCUUGCUCACGAAAGGAUUCACUAAACGAUGGAGAUCAACUGUUUCCCCAGCGAGGUGCUUUGCUGCAUAUUCGAUUAUCUAUCAUGGAACGAUCGAAAACGCGCCUCUUUGGUAUGUCGCCGCUGGAACGGAAUCAUCAACUCAGAGCGCUAUCUACGGCACUCCAAGCUAGUUCUGUAUAAUUACACAAAAGUUCAGUUCUUCUCGGGAGUAGAGGUUGGGCUAAUCAACACUCAAAGGAACAUCGAAUUUCAUUCAAGUGCUAUGCUCGACACUGACGAGCUUCUAUCGACAUUUAGUGAAGCAUUUCCAAGUGGCGAGGCUGUUGUUGAAUGCGUAGAUCUAUUUCUGCGAUCUGAUCAUGAGCAACUUUGUAACUUGGUUAUAGUAAAUCUGCCGAAACUGAAACAGCUGAAACGUUUGAACAUUGUCGCCAAUGAAGGCUUCAGAACACUGAACAAACAGUUACAAAUUGACAGCGGUAGUUUAGAAAAAUUGAAAUUAUCUUUUUACCAAAACACACCGUGCCAUCUCCAAACACCAAACCUGCAAUUGUUGACUCUAGUGAUAAGAUAUCCAAGUGAUAGCAAUCUGUUACACGCAAUAAGUCAGCAACUCAAGGAGCUGACCGUCACCUUCCAAUCAAAAGAGUUGGUUGCACAGUUAUUUCUAUGCAAUUUUGAAAAACUAGAAAAGCUGCAUAUUUUUAUUGAAAAUGACAAAUAUUUACCAUACGCUGUAACUCGUGUCCCGAUCAGCAGCUGGAGUGAAAUAAAGGUGUUCGUCGAAUCAAUACGAGGACUGAAAUCGCUAGAAGUAGUUGACAAGUGUAACAUGUUACGGCAUAACUAUCUAAAAGUAUUUACGAACGCAGAAAACUUGGAAUAUCUUUCAGUCAACUACAUAAUACUGGACUGGACGAUAGUUGAAUUCAUAUCCAAUUUCAAAAGACUGCGAUAUCUCAACUUGCGAGGAUGUUCAACAGCUGGAGAACCAAUUCUGUUGGAUUUACCACUUCUCGAAGAACUGUUGAUGCCUUACAAACAUUAUGCGACAUUACCUUGCGUAAAUCUGCAUAAUCUGACCACGCUGUCAUACAGCAGCUCACAGAAGAAUCAUGCCCAGUUCAUACAUCAAAUAACCAAAACUUUUACAAACUUAAGGACCCUUAAUCUUUUAAACUUUGAUUAUGAACUGUCGUCGAAUUCCUUCGAGUUCCUGGACCAUCUAUCAUCUUUGCGAACACUGUCAAUUCGGGACAUGUCAGUCUCAAAUCAGCUCUUCAUAAAUUGUCCUGCAAUGCCGAUGUUACAGAAACUUGAGCUCCGAACUAUUGUAACCGAAAUUUCUCUACUGGACUGCUUCCCAGACAAGUUCAGCAACCUCUACAAACUGGAUAUCAACAAUUGCUUCUUUUAUAUUUUCACCACCGACGAAUCAAAAACUCCGAUUACCUUCGAGAUAUUAAGGAAAUCGAUGCCCCGCUGUCGAAUAUCUACCGUUGACUCGACCGUUUUCACGAAUGAACAGUAUGACCAAAAUCCAAUUUACAUUCCUGGAUGAAGAUGUAUAGUUUUCGUGUGCCAGUUGCUGCAGCACAUUGUGAUAAAAUUGCUUUACUAGAUAACAGUUUUUAAUAUGCAAUAAACCGUAUUCUGUCGAGCUCAUGACAAAAUAUUAUUCACAUUUUUAGAUUAGCAAUUACGGGUAGUGUGACUUGCUUUUUUAUUCUAUUCUAUCUGAUUAGUGGGAAUGGUGAGUAUGGGCAAUAAAGGUCAUGGCCAGUUUUAUACGAUUAUUUACAAAAGGAAUGAUCUUUGUAAGACGAACGAAUCAAAUGAGGUUUAGUGAAGUAACAUAUUUUCCUCUGUUAUGUUUGUUAUACGAAACAUACUGCUAAUAAAACAUUGUAAUCUUAUCGAACGGA